AGCCAGAGUCUUUUGGUCAAGGCUCCAGACUAAAUGUUUCUCGGUGCACCUGCCGCAUGUCCUGUAUGCGCUAUGAAAGUAUGAGCGCCAUAUGAUGCUCCGACCGGCGGGUAGCUAGCUAGCAGUCCGUAGGGGGACUUUUCUUCAAUUUCCAGUUGAGUCCGGCAAUAUUGAUAGGUUGUCAACGUGUGCCCAAAAAUGUUCAGAUAUGGAGGUACAGAUGAAGAGCCGCAGCUGAAAUUGAAGAUUAAGAAUUUGAACCAGAACAUCGUCUGCAUCUUGUGCGCAGGAUACUUCAUCGAUGCUACCACCAUCACAGAAUGCCUCCAUACGUUUUGCAAGAGCUGCAUUGUGAAGUAUCUGCAGAUGUCCAAGCAGUGCCCAAUGUGCAACAUCAAGAUCCACGAGACGCAACCCCUUAUCAAUCUCAGGCCGGACAGAACCAUGCAAGAUGUCGUCUACGGUCUGGUGCCUAAUCUCUUUGAAAGUGAGGAACGAAGAAAGAGGGACUUCUAUCGAGCGCGAGGCUUGGACAAAGUACAGAGUAAAGUGCAGCAGAAGUCAUUCAGUGGCAAGUUGGAUCCGUCCGGCGGCCACUUCUACCGGAAUGAUGAACAGGUGUCAUUGUGUCUGGAAAAGUACAGAUAUCAGAUAGUUGGCGAGCAUGAGGGAGCAUAUACAUGUACAGUCCUUCAGAAGCGGUACAUCCGUUGCUCGGUGCGAGCUUGCGUCUCCCACCUGCAGAAACUGCUCGUCAAGAAGCUGGCAAUCCCAGACAGAAUGGAGAUCAAUCUUUAUUGUGAUGACCAUAUUCUGUACGAGGAUGAGCCAAUGAAGUACGUGUGGUUAGCCCAUUGGCAGGGCAAGGCAGCUCCCAUGGUUCUACACUACCAGGUGGAGUCCAGUAAGUCCGCUGCCGACAAAAACGGAUGAACCGGCUAACAUUCGGCCAAAAGUGUGGCACUUUUCUGUUGAGCUCAUUAUGAAUAACAAAGCAUCUACAAGAUUUAUGAAACAAAAGUGAUAUCCCCUGCUGGCCCAUCUUCUUCUUCUUUCGUCUCGUAACCACGUAUGGUCGUGGGGGUGUCACAGCUGUUGCAGUCUGGGUAAGCUUCCUCCAUCCCUGGCAGUCUCUGGCUACAAAUUGCGACUGGGCGAAGUCCAAUCCGGUCCAGUCAUCAUGGAUGCUGUCUCCCGUCUUCUUUGUCUGCCUCCCUGGUCUCCUUCUUUCCUCUCACUGUGCCCUGGAGGAUGGUGCUUGCCAGUCCAUUUUGCUCUUGUCCCGUGGCCAUACCACUUCAGUUUUCUUUGUUCCACAAACAAUAACCCCUGGCUGACUCAUACACCCUUAUUUUGCCAAGUAAAAAUCAUGUAGGGUAUUUCGAGGAGCAAGUUCCUGCUGGAACUAAUAGUGAACUACAUAGCUCCAAACCUUGUCUUGUUCACAGUGGGCAGACAAGUCUUGUCAAUUUAAUGGAACCAGUCUAAAGAGGUUGCAUCAUCGGUAACCAUGUGCAUCGCAAUAAGCAGUAGGGGUCCGUGAACUUGACAUUUUUAGAUUAUCUUUUUGCACAGGCAUUUAGUACAUUAACAUAAAACAAUAAACUUGCGCUCGUGGAACACAGAAAUGUAGUGGGUCUUGCGUCCCACAUACCACUCGUCCUUUGGCCUCGUGGCAUGUGGGACACAGACGCACUACAUUAUUCCGUGUUCCACUCGCGCUCGUGGGAUAACGAAUAGUCGAUACAUCUUAGUAGGAAUGCUUGAGCUCUACCUCCGCUUAUUCUUACCCUUAAUCAUGCAGCUGUUUGAGAUACCAAAGACUAUUACUAAAUGGAUUAUUGGAACCCAAUUCUUUCCAGUUUUUUUUUUCUCCAAGAACCUUCCAGGAUUCUCCAAAAUCUGUGUAAGAACAUAAUGGCAUAUUGUUUGUACUAACUUUCAUGGGGUAUCAAACCCCAUGUGAAGUAAUAAGGGCUUUUCACACUGUCUAAAAUCUCAAUCUUGGACCCGGGUCCAACACACACAUUUCAGGCCCCCUUUCACACUAG